AUGUGGAGUGAAAAUUAUUAUGAUCUAUGCGCUAACGAGGAAUUCGGUUUCAGGCUUAGUCCAGACACUAUGCAGCAGGGAUCGGGAUCGACAACGCCUACAGCAGCUCCGGCGAGCGUGCCUCCAGCGCCGGUAUCAAUCGACAACAACAUGGAUGAUCCUCCACCGCGCAACGAACCCGCAGUCGAGCCGGUAAACGGUAUCGUCCAACCGCCAGUAAUGCCACCUCCCGAGCGGCCCGGUCGGCUUACGAAUCAACUUCAUUUCCUCCUGCGUACCGUAAUGAAGGCUGUGUGGAAGCAUCAAUUCAGUUGGCCUUUCCAGCAGCCGGUAGAUGCGAAAAAACUCAACCUUCCUGACUAUCACAAAAUCAUCAAACAGCCGAUGGAUUUGGGAUCAAUCAAAAAGCGGUUGGAGAACAACUACUAUUGGACUAGCAAGGAAUGCAUACAGGACUUUAAUACAAUGUUCACCAACUGCUAUGUGUAUAACAAACCUGGUGAAGACGUAGUAGUAAUGGCGCAGACGCUGGAGAAAUUGUUUCUAACGAAGGUCUCCUUGAUGCCGAAGGACGAAACUGAGAUGGAAGUUCAGCAACCGAAGGGUGGUAAGAAAAAGCCCCGUUCAUUGGCUCCACCGGGAACGCUCGUAGGCAAUACGUCGGUUACGGGGGCAGCAGCGGCCGCUGGUGUGGCCCCGAAUGCCGCUAUUGUUGCGGGAGCAAAUGCUGUAGCUGCGGCUGCAGCGGCCGCAGCCGCCGCCAGAGCACGCCCUGGGUCAUCUCUUGGUGCUGCCGUUUCAUCCAGUGUCCCCCCAAUCAGUUCUAUUCCACCUGGUAGUGUGGGUCCUGCAUCCACGGUCGUCGUACCGAGUGUCCCACCGAUCGGUACCAUGCCGCCCCAAACUGUGCCUGGUAGCACAAACACCACAACAACGGCCGGCCCAAAUUCGGCCGUAGCCGCACUGGCUGCAGCAGCAGCGGCUGCAGCAGCUGCUAGCACUCCGCACAAUCCCAUGAGCAACCCGAUCGGUGCACCGGUAGUCAAUAAACCGACGGGACCGACCAACCCACCGUACAUGUUGAACAGCUCGCAAGUUGGCAUGGAAACAGUCAUACCUCCACAGCAGCCUGCAAAAGUCAAAAAAGGGGUUAAAAGAAAGGCAGAUACAACUACACCGACAGCAACUGUGUUCGAUCCUCACUAUGGCACGGCAAUGGAUUCAAAUGCUGCCAAAAUUGCAACCCGAAGGGAAUCUGGUCGACAGGAUAUCGUGCCGUAUCAAACCUCCGCUUACCCUAUGUCUCCAAUGACGCAUCAGGGAACAACUUCUUCGCAGUAUCCGCCGAAAAACAAGGAAAAACUGUCCGACGCACUUAAAUCGUGUAAUGAAAUUCUGAAAGAACUCUUCUCUAAGAAGCAUUCAGGAUAUGCCUGGCCAUUCUACAAACCGGUGGAUGCAGAGCUUCUCGGACUGCAUGAUUAUCACGAUAUUAUCAAGAAACCGAUGGACCUUGGUACGGUGAAACGGAAAAUGGACAACCGGGAGUACAAAUCGGCUCCGGAGUUCGCAGCGGACGUUAGGUUAAUAUUCACCAAUUGCUACAAGUACAACCCCCCAGAUCAUGAUGUCGUUGCAAUGGGACGCAAACUCCAAGACGUGUUUGAGAUGCGCCUUGCAAAUAUACCGGACGAACCGGUAAAUAAUGUGGCCCCGCAUCAUCAGGGCAAGGAAAGCGAAGCUUCAUCCUCCAGCGAUUCGAAUGAAAGCGACGAAGAAAGUGAAUCUGAUGAGGAAUGCGCUCAGAAGUUAAAAUUGCUAGAGAAGCAGCUUCUCGAGAUGCAUGAACGUAUGCGGAAGCUCACAGAGGAGGCGACUAUGAAAAAGAAACAAAAGAAAAAAUCCAAGGACAAGAAAAAGCCGAUAGUUGCUGGUGCCGGAGCCGGUGCCGGCAGUAGUGCUAGUGAUAUUAAAACGGUGAUGGAUCCUCACGCCGGUUUGGGUCUGCCUCAUGGCUCCGGCAAAGCAAUGCAUCAAAUGUCGGGAGCCAUGGUUCAGCCGUCGAUGAGUGGACCGGGACCAGCUCCAGUUAUGGGGGCUCCGGGAACUAAAGCUAAGGCGAAGGGUCAGAGAGCACCGAAGACAGGCAGUGCUGCCGGCGGGGCUGCACCGAAUGCACCGGCAAAACGCGCUAAGAAUGCUGGUGCCGCCGGUACUAGUGCUCCUCGAGCACCGAACAAGAAGAAAGCGUCACAAAAUGUAUCUAACUUUGAUUCGGAAGAAGAAGACACUGCCAAACCCAUGUCGUACGAUGAAAAGAGGCAAUUGUCAUUGGAUAUCAACAAACUACCGGGCGAUAAAUUAGGUCGAGUUGUGCACAUUAUUCAAAGCCGGGAGCCAUCGUUGCGAGAUUCAAAUCCGGAUGAGAUCGAGAUCGAUUUCGAAACGCUGAAGCCAUCGACGCUACGUGAGCUGGAAAGCUACGUGGCUUCCUGUCUGCGCAAGAAAACUCGUAAGCCUUACUACAAAAAAGUCUCUGGUAAAUCAAAGGAAGAGCAAAUGAUAGAAAAGAAGCAGGAUCUUGAAAAACGGCUCCAGGAUGUGACGGGUCAGCUUGGCACAGGAAAAAAGAACGCAAAGAAGGACGAAGCAAACAAACAAGACGUCGCUCCAUCCGGAGGUAAUAUGUCCUCUAGCAGCAGCUCCAGUGAUUCCUCCUCGUCAAGUUCGAGCGAUUCCAGUUCUAGUGAUUCCAGCGACAGUGAAGCAGAAACAGGAACUCGACCACCUCGUAAGAAAAAGAAGGAUUCGUCCUCUCCAGUUGCGUCCUCGAACAAUCACUCAAAUACGUCCUCCGCUCCAGCCACCGCAUCAACACCAUCGGUAACGGCAGCGGUAUCACAGAUGCUACCGAGUGCUGCUGUCAGUAACACAAAUACCACCUCCAACACUACCAUUAAUAUUACCACGAACAACAGUUCAGCCACCAUCACACCACUCCCGAGCGCCGCCGCGCAGCAACCGCAACAUAAUUCGAUUGGAAGUGCGUUGAUUCCGGGAGCACCUGCUAUGCAGCAGCACUCUCAAAUGCAGCUACAGCAGCCACAAAAGUCGUCAAGUCAGCAACCCAUUAUACCACCCCAACUACCAUCCCAUUCCUCGUCCACGUUGACAUCUUCGACUGCCUCAUCAACAUCUGGGACUGGUAGCUCCAUAACUAGCGUGGCCGCAAGCACUGUUAAUGCAACUAACAACACUUCGUCCAGCAUUGCCGCUAACAGUACGGUUGUGUCAUCAAGUUAUGGGGGAAAUGGUGGAAUACUCGGACUGUCGCUGACUGGGACAUCAACUUCAGCAACGUCAGCCUCCAGCUCGGUAGCUGCACUCUUACAAAUCCCUACAUUGUCACAACAGCAACCAAUGUCCAACGCCGUGCCGAACCCGCUAAUGGCUGCAACAAGCGGUGCCCUUGGUGGUUCUGUCAGUACCAGUAGCGUUAAUCAAAGCAUCAACAGCGGUGUUAGCGGGAGCUGCGGCGGCGUCGGUGGCGGUAGUGGCAGUAGUAACAGUGGAAGUCUCACUUCGAUCGGUAGUAAUAACAAUCAAAACUCUCUACCACCUCCCAUACCAUCACCCAACACCACCACCACAACAACUACCAGCACGAUGAUACCUGUGAAUAAUAACGCUUUGAUCACCACCAGUACUAGUAGUAAUCAGAGCAGUAGUGCUAUCUUGAAUAACUCCAUCACUGUUACGCAGAACCAGCAGCAAACAGCAGGAGCCAGCGCAAACGGAAUCCCCUCAAUUCAUGUUCCAAGUCUCCCUACGUCAUCCAGCUCUAGCGUAAGCACCACGAAUGGCAACGACAGUGGGUUGAACACAAGCAACGGCCUCAUAAACAGCAUGCUCGGGCUGCCAGCGACGUCUCAGCUGGCAACGAGCCUGGCUGCGAUGAGCAACCUCGCUAGUAUGGCAGGUGGCCUACCGCAAUCGUUGCAGAUAUCCCAAAGUCAAAUGAUGACCAAGCAACAGAUGCACGGACAGCAACCACAGCAACAGCAGCAGCAACUGCAGCAACAGCAGCAGCAACAUCACCUGCAACAUGGGCAGCAGCUUAAUCAACAGUUCCGAUUAGGUGGUUCUGCUGGAAACGGGCUAGGAGGACUGGGUGGCAGUUUUAUUGAUCCACUUGAACACACCUUGAACUCAUUCGAACAAUCGAUCAAAACGGAGCCCCUCGGAUUGAACCUGUUAAACGAUAUGAAUGUGGCACUGAAACAAGAUCUCACUGCUAGCAUGCAGCAGGGUCUGUUGUCGGCAAAUAUGGACUUGUGCAUGGCGCUUCAGAAUCAGUUGCACUCGAGCACUAACGGUUUCGUAAACGAGUUCAACAGUAGUAAUGGACCGUUAAAUGGUGGUGCCGGUGCUGGGUUAGGCCUCGGCGCCGCUGGCAUGGGCCAAAUGGUGAUGAAUUCGAUGGCAUCCACUGCCGCCAACACGGCUCUGAUGGGCGGUGGUAUGUCGUCGAUAUUUGAUCCGCUGCAAAAUUUCAUACGUCCUGGUGGUGCUGGUGGCUAUCACCAGCCGACCGCGGUUGGCGGAGGGGUUCCGGGAAUUGCAGGUUUGGUGACGAGCGCGAGCAACAGUAGCAACGGCGUCAGUCUUGGAGCCAACAGUGUUAUCGGCGCCAUGCACGAUCGUUCAAUCGAUCUAACUCAAGCCGGUAAUGGAAACAACAGUGCGCUUAUUGGAGCAGGCGGUUCAAGCGUAUCCGGAAUGAUACCGACCGGAAAUGGAGGAAGCGGUUUGAUGACGAUCAAGAAAGAAGAACCUGGGGUCGGUGGUGGUAAAUUCAUGUUGACACCGAAACCGAUCGAAGAUCUGUUGAUUAAUCCAAACGAAAAGAAGAUGGGUAGCACACCGCCGCCAGCAGAUGUAAAAGGAAAUAUAGCGAACGCAUUUAACAAGACACAAGAGUCCAAGGUGGCUUGGUCGACGCUAAUUACACCGGGAUCACCGCAGAGUACGCCAACUUCGAACAAAGUGAAGCCCUCCAUGGACUCAUUCCAGGCGUUCCGCAACAAGGCAAAGGAGAAGCAAGAUCGUUUGCACCAGCAGGAGCUUAAACGAUCGCAAAAGGAGCAGGCAGAGAAGGAACUGAAGCGUCAGCAGGAGCAGCAAAAAAUAAAACAAGAAGAGAUAAACAAUGGAAGAAAAUUGACAAUCGAACCAGUUCCGCCACGAGUUGUUGAAGAGAUAAAAGCGUCGCCACAGGGAAGCCCUUCACCGGGAACACCCACUACUCCGCACGCUUUGGAUCGUUCAGCAGCAAAACGGGCAGAGCUACGUCGUAUCGAGCAGGAAAGACGGAGAAGGGAAGCGAUGGCUGGCCAGAUAGACAUGAAUAUGCAAAGCGAUUUGAUGGCCGCCUUUGAAGAAUCGUUGUAGGAGGUUUCGGUGCGUGUAUAGAUUAAAAAAAGUCCUAGACCGUAACAAAUACAGCGAUUGAUCAAUGUUUCGAGCUAUCAA